CUCGAUGGGACGGACGAGCGGCCAGCCUUGUUAUAUUACACUCCAGUAUUACAGUCCAGGCAGCUGUCACUCUCAGGGCUCCAGCACACAAAGGUCAGAGGAUCACCAGGGCACCGGAGGACUGCCAGCUACGGGGCGCAGACAUGAGGAGGACAUGAGGAUGAUGUGAGGUGUCACCAAUGGGGAGCUCCUCCACUACUCUCCGGAGGCUGAGGCUGGGGAAGCUGAAGAUCGUGCGCAGACGCCUCCUGCAGCAUUAUGAGCACCAGCCCUUCAUCUCCCUCCUGGCCGGUCUAUACAGCUGCCGAUGGAAACGGUACCAGCGCCAGAAGACCGAGUCGGGACAGUGCUGCUGCAAAUGGAAGGAGUCGGUGUUCUUCCUCCUCCUGGUGGUGACUUUCUGCCUCUCUUUAGUUUUCCUGUAUUCCUGGGGCGAAGCUAAGAACGACUACAAUGACUUUGACUGGUUCACGUAUAAAGGUCUGGGUUAUUGGUUCCUGUGGUCAUUGCUGAUCCUAGUGGUGGUGGCCGUGUUGUUCGCCUAUAUAGCAGUAUUGGUGGUUUUGGCGGUAUGUCUGCUCUCCGAAGGGCAGCAGCUGUACCUGCAUUGGAGCCACAAGGGAGGGAUGCUGUUUGUCCUUAUUUUCUUUAUUGGGGCCCUCGUUGUUUUGUCCAAUUUAUGGGGUGAAGAAUGGGCAGCUGUUCGCCUCUCGUUCCAGGUGACAGCUCCAUAUCUGCACAUUGGUUCUCUAGCGGCAAUGACCCUCUUGUCAUGGCCCGUAGCAUUGUAUUUUGUCAGGAUGACCACAAAACUCUCUCAGGCGAUGAUCGUCGGCCCCUACAUCGCCGUGCUGCUGCUCCUGUAUUUCUUACCCCUGGGGAUGUAUUCCCCCUGCAUUAGGGAGAAGGGGACCCUUGGGGCAAAACCCCUGCUCAUAGGACACAGGGGGUCACCAACGUUUGCACCAGAAAAUACACAAAUGUCCUUUGAAAAAACAAUAGAAUAUGAAGGUGACGGCCUGGAGACCGAUGUAACAAUCAGUUAUGAUGGCGUCCCCUUUCUUAUGCACGACAGCACUUUAGGAAGAACAACAAACGUGAAGGAUGUGUUUCCUAACUUCACCAACAUCAAUUCCGCCCUGUUUCCUUGGGAUAUGCUGGAGAAUCUCAAUGCUGGGAAGUGGUUCACACAGAAGCCACCAUUUUCCCAGAUGGGAUCCUUAUCCAGUGAAGAGCAGCAGAGGGCAGCGAAUCAGUCCAUUUACAAACUGGUCGACUAUCUGAGGCUGGCCCACCGCGCCAACAAGACCGUUAUCUUCGACCUCUAUCGCCCUCCGCAGGAUCAUCCCUACCGUGACACUUGGAUUAAUCGGACGCUGGAAGUUAUCAAUGAAGCCGCUAUUGAUCCCAGACUGGUCUUAUGGCUAGCGAACGACAUGAGGUCCUUUGUCCAGUCGGUGGCCCCUGGGUUCCAGCAGACACUGGGUUUUAAAGAGAGUGUGGAGGAACUUGUCAAAUAUCACAUUGUGAAACUCAACCUGCCGUACAGCAUGAUGUCCCAGCAAGACAUCAGUAAAUACGCGGCGGCCAAUAUCACCACCAACCUGUACGUGGUCAGUGAGCCGUGGCUCUUCUCCUUGGCCUGGUGCUCCGGAGCUUAUUCCGUCACCACCAAUUCUGUCCGUGAGCUGAAGAAGAUAGAGGAGCCCAUGUUCCUCCUGACCCCGGCUCAGUACAGUCUCAUGUGGAUCCUCACUGAUCUCCUUUCAGCUUUACUGAUCACUCUCAUCUUUGUGCUGCACUGGUGGAGAGAAAGGGGUCUCCCAUGUUGCCCAGAAAGUAAUGAGAUUCCUGACAGUGGAUUCUACAACACAUUUAAAACAGAGAUGGAUAUGUCGGUAUCUGAAGACAGCUAUGGAAGGAGUCUCCCAACCACCCCGUCUGCGAGACCCAAUGGAGAGAACCUGGGCUCCGGCGAGAUUGUCUGAGCGGGAGACAUAGACAGAGGAAGGCUCAGCACCAUCUGGGACGCCAUGAUGGAGCUUCUCCUCCCUCUGCCACCGUACCAGCCUGACCACGGACUAGAAGCGUUCUCGCGUCUAAAUCCUUGGACAGUGGUCGCCAUCCCGUUGCCCCAGGUGGAGAAUGGACUGGUACUCCGCCCGCAGCGGGCGACAGACGGGAGGGAUGGAUGAAGAGCUGUGACCAUUCAAUGCCACCUUCUAAAGCACUCCUGGGUGAUGGCCACAAUGCCCAUAGUGGUGGCAUACAGUGCCCACGUUAGGAGUCCCUGUAGUGUUGGACUCACUGAUGUGCUCAUAGACUACGACCAUCAUAAUAGUCCCUGCAGUGCCCAGACUACUACCAUCAUAAUAGUCCCUGCAGUGCCCAGACUACUACCAUCAUAAUAGUUCCUGCAGUGCCCAGACUACUACCAUCAUAAUAGUCCCUGCAGUGCCCAGACUACUACCAUCAUAAUAGUCCCUGCAGUGCCCAGACUACUACCAUCAUAAUAGUCCCUGCAGUGCCCAGACUACUACCAUCAUAAUAGUCCCUGCAGUGCCCAGACUACUACCAUCAUAAUAGUCCCUGCAGUGCCCAGACUACUACCAUCAUAAUAGUCCCUGCAGUGCCCAGACUACUACCAUCAUAAUAGUCCCUGCAGUGCCCAGACUACUACCAUCAUACGUCCCUGUGGUGCCCAUAGUACUACCAUCAUAAGUCCCUGUGGUGCCCAUAGUACUACCAUAAUAUGUCCCUGUCGUGCCCAAACUAUGACCAUCAUAAGUCCCUGUUGUGCUCAUAUUACUGCCAUGAUAAUUUUGUGUAGUGCCCAUAGGACUACUAUAAUACUAGUCCCUUUGGUGCCCAUACCAGUGCCAACAUAAGUCCCUGUGAUGCCAAUAGUACUACAAUAAUAAUCCUUGGGGUGCCCAUAGUACUACUAUUAUAAUAGUCCCUGUAAGACCCAUGCUAUGACAUCAUAAGGUCCCGUGAUGCCCGUAGUCCUACCAUUGUAAUACUCCCUGUGAUGCCCAUAGUACCACCACCUCCCUGCAGUGUCAGACUAGUUUUGGUGCCCACAGUGUCAGCAUCAUAAUAGCCAUUGCCACUAUUUGCCUCUUGAGGACGCCGUUGUAACGGCGAAACAUGUUGAGGCUGGCAAUAUAGUGUUCUAUUUUAAGCAUUUUCCAGUGGAUCACUACGUAUAUG